AGAAAACAGGUCAAGUAUGUUAAAUCUUCUACUUCCUGUUUGUGAUAAAACGGAUUCUUACAUACUUAAAAGUAAACAAAUAUAUCUUUGGUCAGAAUACAUUCAUUGUGAUAUCCUGUUCGUGUUUGGCUGUUAUCCUGUUGUUUUGGAACAACCUUGUUGUGAAAUUGAGGUAGAAAGUUCCGAACUCCAAGAUAUCAUAUUACAGCGAAUAUCAGAAAGAAAUAGUUCAAAAGGAGAUAAUUAUAAGAAACAAAGAUGGUGGACAAAACAACAACGAUCACUCUUGUUGUUGUGAUUCCAUUGGUUGUUUUAAUUGGUGUUGUUGUCAUAGUGUAUCUGUACAUAAAAUACAUUUACAGGUUUCGAAAGAAAAAGAAUUUCCAGGAAGUAAGUUUUAGAGAUAAUCCGGUUAUGACUGGAAAACUGCCUGAGACACCAAGAAAUUCUGCGAUAGUCGAUGUUGAGUUAGGCAACGACAAUGACGGGUACGUUACCUCAAGCAAAUCGGAUGAUGAAAACGAAACUUCUUUUACAUGCAACAUCAAACCAGAAUCCCAAACAGUGGGGAUGCAUAUUGAACGUGUUGUUUACGAUACAAUAACUGGUAACCAAGAAGAACAUUGUGAACAAACUGUUAACGGAAUUGAGAAUUUUGAUAAAACUGUUAACGAAAGAAGCGUUAAACAAGAAUCAAAUACCGAUAAAUCUUAUAGCGAAAAAGUGACAACGGGAGAAGUUAAAGAUGAACAAACUAUUUCCAAUAAAAUGAGUGACGAAGAACCUACUUCUAAACAAACUGUUAUCGAUGAAGUGUCUGGUCAACAAGUUAAUGAUACACAAACUGUUUACGAUGACGUGUCUGCUCAACAUGAUAAUAUUAAGAUAAGUGUUAACGAUGAAGACUUAGUGUCUUGUCAACACGUUAAUGCAAAAAUAGCUGCUAACGAUGAUAUGUCUGGUCAACAAGUUAAUGCUAAGCAAACAGCUGACUAUGAAGUUUCUGCUCAACAAGUUAAUUCAAAACAAACUGUUAACGAUGAAGUGUCUGUUCAACAAGUAAAGUUAGAGCAGACUGUUACCAAUAAAGCCACCGAUCAAACUGCCAGCAUUGGACACACAGUUACAGAGACGAACAAUGUUUCAUUUAAAAAGCCAGAAAGUGAUCAUGAACAAAAUUCUAAUAAAGACAAUAAAGCGCUAUCACGUGACCUCAAAAUGGACCGAUCAGUUCAUAAAGCCUUGGAAAAUCAGGAUAAUGAAAUAGAUAAUGAUAAAUUUUCAGCGUCAGAAGACAAUAAAGUUGUGGAUGCGCCAAAAUACUAUAUUGACGAUAAAGAUAUGCAUGACAUUCCUUUGUAGCUACAUUGUACAUACUGUUCAUUGAUAUUCAUUAAAAGCAUAAGUCUUGAACAAUGUUAAAACAAUGAUGGAAGUAAUCAUUCAAUCAAGAUGAGUCACCAUACACGCCUACAGCAAUCUGAAUAUUUCACAUUAUCCCUUUUCUCAUAAAUAGACGUAGUAAAA